UUUUACAGUAGAAGAAGAUAUUACUUACAGAGAAAUAGGAAUACAUAGAGAAAAGUGUAUGCUUUUAUGGUUUAAUACCAUGCUUCAUAUGAGAGGCAGAGAGAUUCUGGUGGUUUUGUGCUUGGCGUUGGGAAUUCUUGCGACGAAGUCGUUGGGUGCUGAUGUAACGUACGAUCACAGAGCGGUGGUGAUUGAUGGCAAGCGUAGGGUCCUCAUCUCCGGCUCCAUUCAUUAUCCUCGCAGCACUCCCGAGAUGUGGCCGGACCUUAUACAGAAAUCUAAAGAUGGAGGAUUGGACGUGAUCGAGACAUAUGUUUUUUGGAACGUACAUGAACCAGUUCGAAACCAGUAUAAUUUCGAAGGAAGAUAUGAUAUAGUUAAGUUCGUGAAGUUGGUAGCAGAGGCUGGUCUUUAUGUUCAUCUACGCAUCGGUCCAUAUGUCUGUGCUGAAUGGAACUACGGAGGAUUUCCUGUUUGGUUGCAUUUUGUACCGGGCAUUGAGCUUCGAACUGAUAACGAACCAUACAAGGCUGAAAUGCAGCGAUUUACAACCAAAAUUGUUGGUCUGAUGAAGCAGGAGAAACUUUAUGCCUCUCAAGGAGGACCCAUCAUUUUAUCACAGAUUGAAAAUGAGUAUGGAAACAUUGAUUCGGCCUACGGGGCUGCUGCAAAGUCAUAUAUCAAAUGGGCAGCAAGUAUGGCUGUAUCUCAGGAUACAGGAGUACCGUGGGUCAUGUGCCAGCAAUCAGAUGCUCCUGAUCCUAUGAUCAACACUUGCAAUGGGUUCUACUGUGAUCAAUUCACCCCAAAUUCUGACAAGAAACCAAAAAUGUGGACAGAGAAUUGGACUGGUUGGUUUCUUUCCUUUGGAGGUGCUGUGCCUUACAGACCAGUGGAAGACAUUGCAUUUGCAGUGGCACGUUUUUUCCAGCGAGGUGGAACUUUCCAAAAUUAUUAUAUGUACCAUGGUGGAACUAACUUUGGUCGGACAACUGGUGGCCCCUUUAUUGCUACAAGUUAUGAUUAUGACGCUCCACUUGAUGAAUAUGGGCAACUCAGACAACCCAAGUGGGGCCAUCUAAAAGACCUGCAUAAGGCCAUAAAGCUUUGCGAGCCAGCAUUGGUGGCCACUGAUCCAAACAUUACAUCUCUAGGUCAAAAUUUAGAGGCAGCUGUAUAUAAAUCGGGAUCAGCAUGUGCUGCCUUUCUUGCAAACAUAGACACGAAGUCAGACGUAACUGUAAAUUUCAGUGGCAAUUCUUACCAGUUGCCUGCAUGGUCUGUGAGCAUUUUACCAGAUUGCAAGAAUGUAGUUCUGAAUACUGCAAAGAUUAAUUCUGUGACUGUGGUUCCAAGCUUCACACGUCAAUCUCUGAAAGUUGAUGGUGAUUCUUCCGAUGCAUUCCAGUCAGACUGGAGUUAUGUAAAUGAACCUGUGGGCAUCUCAAAGAAGGAUGCAUUUACGAAGGUCGGAUUAUUAGAACAAAUAAACACAACAGCUGAUAAAAGUGACUACCUGUGGUAUUCAUUAAGCACUGUCUUCAAAACCGAUGAGCCUUUCCUUCAAGAUGGAUCUAAAACUGUUCUUCAUGUGGAAUCACUUGGUCAUGGCCUUCAUGCUUUCGUAAAUGGGAAGUUAGCAGGGAGUGGAAGAGGCAGCAGUAGCAAUGCUAAGGUUUCAGGGGAGUUCCCUGUCACACUUGUACCUGGGAAGAACACAAUUGAUCUCCUGAGUUUUACCGUUGGACUUCAGAACUACGGAGCAUUCUAUGACAAAACAGGGGCAGGGAUCACUGGUCCUGUGCAGCUGAAAGGUUUGAAAAAUGGAACAACUAGUGAUCUUUCUUCACAGCAGUGGACUUAUCAGACUGGACUACAAGGAGAAGCAUUAGAUCUGCCUAGUGGAAGUUCUCCACAGUGGGUUUCAAAAUCAACCUUCCCCAAGAAUCAGCCCUUGAUAUGGUACAAGACAACAUUUAAUGCCCCUGCUGGAAAUGACCCUCUUGCAAUAGACUUCACCGGGAUGGGAAAGGGUGAGGCAUGGGUAAAUGGACAAAGCAUUGGGCGUUACUGGCCAACCUAUGGCUCCCCUAAUGGAGGUUGCACUAACUCUUGUAAUUACAGAGGAAGUUACAGCUCAAACAAAUGCCUUAAGAACUGUGGAAAGCCAUCUCAGGAACUGUAUCACUUACCCCGUUCCUGGUUAAAAUCAAGUGGCAACAUUCUUGUAUUGUUUGAGGAGAUAGGCGGGGAUCCAACAAAAAUAACUUUUGCCACAAAACAGAUUGGAAGUUUAUGCUCCCAUGUGACACAGUCUCACCCUUUACCUGUAGAUAUGUGGAAUUCAGAUUCAAAAACUGCAAGGACAUCAGGGCCUGUACUAUCACUCGAAUGUCCAUUGCCUAAUCAGGUCAUUUCUUCAAUCAAAUUUGCAAGUUUUGGAACUCCUAAUGGCACCUGUGGGAGUUUUAGCCAUGGAAAUUGCAGUAGUAAAAGAGCUCUUUCCAUUGUACAUAAGGCUUGCGUUGGAUCCAAGAGUUGUAGCAUUGGAGUGUCAAGCAAUACCUUUGGUGACCCAUGUACAGGAGUAAUUAAAAGUUUAGCAGUAGAAGCUUCCUGUACAUGAAGCGAUGAUGCUCUAAGCUUUCACUUUAUGUGGGUUAUAAUCUAGUGUUGCCCUCAAGUAUUUAAUUGAAUAAAAUUUGGAAUGAUUGAAAUUUGUAAACUGUACUUUACCAGAAAAAAAAAAAAAAAAAAAAAAAAGAAAUAGGCUUG